AUGCACAAGAUUGCAAUACGUAGCACUGUACAUGGAUCACAGUUACAUAAACACAGUUUUAUAUAUAUUUCCAUAACAAACGAUUGCAAUAUUGAAAAAAAAUAUUAUUAUAUUUCACAUAUUAUAUAUAUCGAUAUUAUUUAUUAAAAAUGGUUCGAAGACAAGUAAUUCAAGCGGAUAUGUAUUCAACAUAUCACUUGAAGCCUGGACAAACGUUAGAAAAUACUAAAAUAUCCGAGAGGAAACUGGCAUUGAUAGCCUCUGAAAGCGCUUUUCAACGCUUCGUUGAUUACGUUAAUCAGCCACAAAGAUUGGCCGAAGAAAGGGAAGUAGCAAAAAUGAAAUUGAAUGCUAUUAAAAAGGCAACUUAUGAAAUGUCUAAGACAUGGGACAAUACUAUUGAGAAUGUUAAAAGAAGAAGAAAAGAGGAACUGUUGAAUAAACGGAAGAUCGAUGAAGAAAGAAGAAGACAAUUUGUUAAAGAGAUGUCAGAAAAAAAUGCUGUUAAACGUGCAGAAAUAGUACGACAGGCACGAACUUUACUUCUUUACAAACAACCACAAUGCAGACGGAUCAAUAGAGCAAUGCUCGUAUCGGAGUGUCUAAGAGAAUUAAACGCUCAAGUUGAGUUUCAAAAAACUAUUAAACAAAUGGAUGAUCAACAAACAACUGAAUACGUAGAAUCGAUUAAAAAGGAUGUCGAAAAAUACGAGCAAGAAGAAAAGAAAAAAGUCGAAGAAAGUAGGAUGAAAAUUAAAAAGUAUACUAUGAAAUUAAAGAAUCAGUAA